AUGUUCAGUGAGUCUCGCCAUUCUCAGCACCACACAACACUCGUCAUAGAGACAAGUGAAGCCGAUCCAUUGACCAAACGUGUACUAAACAGUUGUGGCCGCGCCGACAUCGACCGCAUUUCCAAGGAAUCUCAGUCUCUCUGGCUAGCCUGCGAAACUCUUCACCUUGCGAUGAACACUCCUUUCACCCUAAGUUGUGAUGGUUUGCACAGGACUGGCUCGUUGGCGCCACUAGUUGAGGCAAUUCGAGAAAUUUUGGCAGAAUCUGGGGGAAGGCACGCUUUUGUCUCCGCUCUGCUUGAUAGUUUGCCUAAGGAGGUUCUAAAGACUGAGAACAAUUGCUCUGGAGUCCUGGGUACACUUACAGAGAGGUCCUUGAAGCAGCGGUUUGACAAACUGGAUCUAAGAAGACAGAUUUAA